AUGCCUCUUCACGCAUGUGUUUCAGAAUCUGAGAGUGAGACCAGCCGGGUAGAGGAGGCGGCAGUUGAGGCGGCUGGUAGACGCAAGAGGAAGCGCAGCCCGCCGGUGGACAAGAGCAGUGAAACCUUUUUGAGAUCCCUGUUGGGAAAAGAAUGCCCGCGCAAGAAAAAAACAUGUUUGCAGCAAUUCAUUGAACCUACAAAGUCCAAUGACCUCUUGGAGUACAGAAAGCACUAUUUUGAAUUGCGCAAGCUCGACCAAGACAAUUAUUUGAUACCAAGUCAGGUCUUUGACCAAAUGAAGCUCCUGGUUCGAGAUGCAGCCGCAGAAGAUGAGAAUGAAUCUGGGGCCAUCAAGUGGAUGAUCGGAUCUGUGCGGGCAUGCCGAAGAGCAUGCAAAACUCUACACAACAUGGGCUCCGCUCGGUGCAACCGGCUGCUGAGUGCAGCGAAGAAAGGGGAGGAAGCCGCUCCAUUUGAUGCCCGUUUCUUGAGCAAGCCGCACUCAGAUUCGCUUCGUGAAGACCAAGUGAAUGUUCGAGCGUCUGUGGUGAGCUAUUUGACCUCAUUGUAUCACAGUGUAGCCGAAACACUUCCCGAUGUCCGUGAUUCUACAGAUGCUGACGAGGAUGUCACAGCGCAGGGUCUUUUGGUUGACCCCUACGCGAUUGAAUUAGGCAAGCGUGCAGACGCAGAAUCAGUGAAAGAUCAUUCAGGUUCUAGACCUGUGCAAGCAAAGGUGAAGCAAGCCAAACCGCGAAAGAUGAAACGAGGAGUGUUGUUGAAUCAAGACAGGGUGGCAUCUGAUGCUGCAGAUGGUAAGGAGGCCAUGGGAAUUCCUUUGGCAAGCACAGACGUCGUGCUGCAGCACGACAAUACGUGUUUGCAGAGCAACGAGAUUGAGAAUCUACUCUGGAGCUAUCGGGAAGAUCCAGACGAUGUCAUUUUGAGGACCAAGCAAUUUAUGUCCAGCUGCUUUUACAGCAAGACUGUGAACUUGUACCCUCGUGCGUUGGCAUUGGAGCGCCUACCAGUUGGUAUCCCUGCAGCUUUGGCGGACAAGAGAGAUGUUCUGAACGACUUCAAGAAGGACGUUUCCAAGUACUUGCGAUUGCUGCGCACACCUUUGUUUGGUCUUGAGAGGGCCGCAGAUUGGUUGGAAGACUGGGUGAACGAUCACACAUUGAGGUGCAUGAUCACUACUGGACCGCGCCAAAGCAUUUCUUCGGGUGUGCCAGUGGUGUCUGCUGAUCCCUUUGUCAUCGCACCGAACCCGAUUCGGUUACUUGGGGCCAACAGGGACGACCAGCGAACAGUGAACCUCUAUGUGGCAAAGGCUCGCAAACGAAUCACUCACCAAGCAGCAGCUCGCGCGUGGGCUUUGGGGGUUCCUUGGGGCGAAGCGCUCCAAGCAGCCACCAAUGCAGUUCAGGCUGCAAAUGCAGCUGCCAGGCCUUUCGCAAGAGCCAAGGGCAAAGGCAAAGGCAAGGGAGCCCGGCACCCACGCCAUUAG